GGUUUCUCUCCGGUUGAGCUGCUCGGGUCUUUGUUCAUGUCAGGCCGACACACCGGCUGUUGGAGGACGCCAGGUAUCCGUUCAGGUGGCCCACAGCAUCGAUUCCUCCGACGCUAUGUUACUUAUUAACGGGAUAAACUAACCCGGGACACGGGCUUCGACAUGAACCGCUACAUAUGACUGUUUCUCGAUCUAUAAAGCAUCGCCUAAUUACUUGCUGGAUAUAAAUUAAGCCAGUUUGAUAUCCUUUACAAAACUGUCUUGUGUUUGUAGGGACAGACAGACUCAGCUGCAACAUGUCUGGGAUAAAAUACCACAUGUCGCUUCCUGUGAUGGUGGGCGUCCUGUUGGUCGGCCUCCCGUACUCCAUCUCCUUGGCUGCCCAGUGGCUCUACGGUUGGCCCAACAAGCCUGGAUAUAAGAAGUACAUAGAAGCUCUAAAACCAAGGCGGAUCUACUGUUUGACCAGAGCUACGCUGGAAACCCUCAAGUACCUCCAGUAUGGGAAGCUUUACUUUCAGUUUAAGUCCUGGUAUAAGAAUGAGGAAAACCGUAAGCAUUAUGAAAAGGGCAUCACAUUUGGCCGCAGAGGCAACAAGCUUGACUUGUACCAUCCUCCACAUGUGGGUAAGUCUGAAGAUGUGUCUGCACCGCUGGUGGUUUUCAUCUACGGAGGUGCGUGGGGCUCCGGAGAAAGAUCCACUUACUGUUUACUGGCGAGACACAUGGCUGAAGAACUGAAUGCAAUUGUAAUUUGUCCUGAUUACUGCACAUACCCCAAGACAAAUGUUUUAGGGAUGAUCCAAGAUAUUGCUGACUGCUUGGUUUGGACCCAAGAGAAUGGACAGAAAUUUAACUUUGACAAAGACAACAUCGUUUUAAUUGGCCAUUCAGCAGGUGCACAUUUGUGUGCUUUGACCACAUUGUUUCUCAUUGAUGCACGAGAGGAGCUUUUCAUUGAGUCCAGCAAGCAGCGAAACAUCACACUGUCGAUAAGAGGAAUUAUUGGUCUGAGCGGCGUCUACGACAUCAUGGACCACUAUGAACACGAGCAAAAGCGAGCAAUCGAAUACGUCUCAACGAUGCACAAAGCCAUGAAUGGGGUGGAAAACUUUCCGUACUACUCACCGACACACUUACUGAAGGAGCUCAGCCAGGACAAACUCAACAAAGUGCCUCAGUUCGCUUUGCUCCACGGGACCAAUGACGUUAUCGUUCCUGUUGAAUCUUCCACUAAGUUCUCUGACCUGCUCACCUCGCUGUCUGUGAAGGCGUCGCUCUACCUGCUGCCUAGAGUCGACCACACCGAGAUGGUCACCGACCUCAUGGCGUCCAACAGGCGAUUCUACCAUGUGAUCUACAGCUGUAUCAAACAGGAGUUCAGAAAACUUCUGGGAACCUGCUGAGGUCCCAAAAACAGCACAACAUCCACACACCACUAAUAUUUACUGACAGUGCCAUACUUUGACUCAACUCUACUUUGUUUACAGUAUCUGCUCUAACACAGCGAAGUGAAUCAUAUUUAACCUUGAAUUUAACUUAAUUCAUUUCAGUUGUGAUUCCAUAAUAAUGGCGUAGUACUUUUAACAGUUGUGUGAUUGUGAGUAAGAUUUACAGGUGGAUUCAUUUUUAUUUAUGGUCUGAAAAGAAUUCUUAGUAGUUUGAAAUGUGGUUAACAUUAUAGUAAUGUUUUGGAGAGAUGUUAUUCAAAUACCACUGUUGGAGCCAUUUCAAUCAGUAACCAGCAAGUGGUGCUGUGAAUUAGUUCCCUGUGUAUUUAAAGGCCACACUAAUUGCCACAGGUGUGGCGCAAAACAAGAAGUAAAUUGUUUUUGACCGUGGCGUGGCGUGAAAGACUGUUUAUUGGAAAGACUUCGUUCUUCAUUACUUUUGAUGAACUCCAGGACGUAAAUAAAUUGAUGAAUCCGUUCAUAAUUGUGAGUUUGGUCAAUGACUUUUUGAAUAUGGACUCUAUUGGUGUUAUUUUUGUUAUUUUUGGACCACGACGGAGUAGCCACAAGCCACGCGUUCUUAACGGAAUCAAGUUUGCAUCAUCAAGCACUGAUAAAGAAAGUAAAUGUGAAGUGAAUUCGUGAUGAUGGAGAUAAUAAUACACAGUAUUAACAUGAGAGUCCAAAUACCAAAUCUGUACUUCUUAUUUCAGGCAAACUUUGCUUUAUGGAUACUGAAUAUGAAAUUAUUUUUUUCUUGAUUUAUUACAGCCUCGAGUUUGGAAAACAAAAUAUUGAUAACCAGUUACUGGCAUACUCUAAUAAACUUACUUGAAGGAAAUCA